AUUUUCCACAUGAUUUUUUUUACCGUCAUUAUCUGAUCAAAGUCCUCCGUUUCACCGGUUUAAGUGGUGAUUGUCGCUGAUCUAUGUCCUCAUUUCUCAGACGACUGUUGCAAUUGCGUCUCAGAUCUGUUGUUGAAUAAGUGAACUCACAAAAUUCUUAUUAAAAUGGCUGAAAAUAACGAGAAAGCAAUUGAAAUGGCUCCAACCUGUAUGACGUCAGUGAACAGAAUUGUGAAGCUACCAGUCGUUGAAACAUCAAUCCAGACAGCAUCCAAUGUUUACGAAAAAGUGAAGGAUAUAAAUGGAUAUGCAAAAUGGGGCUUCGAAACCAUGGAAAACACCUUUCACAGCGUCGUUGAGGCCGGCAAACCCUACGCCGUUGACGCAGUUCAAAAGCUCGAUGGUCCAAUCAAGAGAGUGGACAACGUCCUCUGCAGCGGCUUAGAUUACGUCGAGGCCAAAGUUCCAGCAGUCAAACUGCCCCCAUGCGAGAUCAUUUCACAGUUGUACAACUCCACGAAGGGCUAUGUUCACGACACCGUCAGCCCUACGGUUGAUGCUGCCUACAAGACCGUUCAUGCAGUUGUAGAUCCAGCUGUCAAUAUGGCUAGGACCGUUGUUGAUCCCGCUGUUCAAGCUGCUAAGCCCACCGUAGAAGCUGCUUAUAAAAUGGUGGAGCCAAUGGUGCAACCAGCGAUGGACAAGGCCAACGCUCUGAAAGAAAGGGUACUCCAUGGUGAAAUGAAGGAGGAAGAAGAAAAAGAAGGGAGGAUACCAUUAAUUUUAAUUUCUUGGAAAAUUCACUUAUUAACUGAAUUCUUCGAGUUAAUUAUUCAUAUUUACUAUAGUCUCAGUUUACUACGAUCUCCAAUUAUUGAAAGCAUAGAUGAGGGCCAUGAAGAUGAGAAUGAUAACCAUUAAAGUCCUAUUGUUGUUAUGUUUGUGUGCUCAGUCUUCAAGAAAUAAUCGAGAGGAAUCGUAUCAAGAAAAAUGGAUACACUCCACUAACCAUCUUUCUAUAGAUAUCUGUACAAUAUUUCAGAUAAAUAUGUGAAAGAUUACCUUCAGUUCCUUCCUUUGUCUUCUUGGACUCUACGUUUUAUAGGUUUAAGAUUAUUAUUUAUUUUAUACUUUGUUUGAGAAAUCGUGAAAUUUUGAAAGACUGUAUCGUAUUUCCAUACUAGAUGUUAUGAACAUUGAAUUUUAAAAAUACACUUUUUACUCUAUA